UCCAUUUUUAGCCACCUCCUCUUUAAUGAUUCACCUUCACACCCUCACUCUUUAUCAUUCAUCUCUUCACAAGAUCUGCAGAGUUUAGUGAGAGAGAUAUGGCUCGUGGGAAAAUCCAGAUCAAGAAAAUAGAAAACCAAACAAACAGGCAGGUGACCUACUCCAAGAGGAGAAAUGGGCUUUUCAAGAAAGCUCAUGAGCUCACUGUUCUUUGUGAUGCCAAGAUCUCCAUUAUCAUGAUUUCCAGCACUCAGAAGCUUCAUGAAUACAUCAGCCCCACUAUCACGACCAAGCAGAUUUUUGAUGAAUACCAGAAUAUUGUUAGGACUGAUCUUUGGAGCUCCCACUACGAGAAAAUGCAAGAGCACUUAAAGAAGCUGAAGGAGAUGAACAUGAAUCUACGGAAAGACAUUAGGCAAAGGAGUGGAGAGAGCUUGAACGAUCUGGGGUACGAGCAGGUGGUUAGUCUCAUUGAAGAUAUCGACAACUCUUUGGCGUUCAUUCGCGAAAGAAAGUAUAAAGCCCUCGGCAACAAGAUCGAGAACACCAAGAAAAAGCUAAGGAAUGCUGAGGAUAUACAUAAGAGCCUUAUGCUUGGAUUUAUGCGCGACAUGACGAUCCACAAUACGGUCUAGUCGAAAAUGAAAGAGACUACAACUCUAUGUUGGGGUUUCGAAAUGGCGGGCCAAGGAUCAUCGCGCUUCACAUGCCACCGCCUAAUCACCACCACCACCCUAGCCAUCACAGUGGAACAGGAGCCUCGGACCUCACCACAUUCGCUUUACUUGAGUAAAUGUUUUCCCAUAUAUGUAAUGUUUUUUUAUAUUGGAUAUGAAUGUUACAGGUAAUGUGAGAGAAGAAGCAAGAAAAAAUGAAAGAAAGUAAAAGAUACAUUUGUUUGCUAUGUUAUCUUUAUUUUGUGUAUGACUAUUGUAGAUUUCAGUCUACCCGGGCUAUGUGUGAGGAAGUAUGAUAUUGUAAUUUGUGUCCAACUUUUUUGUAGAAUCUUGUAAGUGAACUUUACGGAUUGAUUUGAUGUUUCUGCUCUA